AUGGACUCCAAAUUCCUAAGAGACCUGGAAAACGACAGCGUGGAUUCAGAUCUGCUGGAUGAUGAGUUGAAUGCCUUGGAACAUCUGCCUAUAAGCAAGAGAGAAAAAGUAGUAAAGUUUCUACAGAGCAAUCCCAUGCAGAUCCUCUUGUGUGUCAUCGUUUUGUUAGAUGCUGGCAUCGUCAUCGCUCAAAUUCUCCUAGAUCUCAAUUCCGUGAAAGAAAAUGAGCAAAGUGCCACCAUAAAAAAAAGUGCAAACACGCUGAUAAACUUCACACUUGAGUCUUCUGACAAAAUUUUAUAUCUUCUGCAGAGAAAAGAAAAAUUAAAAUUAUUCAUUCCAAUAGUAAAAUUGCACAAGCGGGAAAGUCAAUUGAAGGGCCUGGUGAACUUCAUCCGACGGAAUCAUCCCGACAAGUUGGGCCACUACCACGGCCACAACAUCGACCGGAUACUUCACAUCAUCAAGGAAGAUGGCGAUAACAACUACUCCGAGCAGCACUUCCAGCAUGCAGACCACCCACAACUGCAUCUCACCAACGUUAACUUUUACAGUCCAAACCAUCACACCAACCUCUUCACGACGAAAAUCCCCUUCCGAACUUUUCCACUCCGCUUGCAAAAAUCAGGCAGCAGUGCAGGCACAACCCACGCCACAACUGCCACCAUCUUCAUGAACGACAACGAUCACAACUUUGAACAUUUCAUAAACGCCAAAAAUUCACAUGAAUUGAACAAAAGGCAGAGUAUUUUUACAAAAAUUUCAAUCAGUAAUGCCGAUUAUGAAUUCGUGCCGGCCAUUCGAGAUGACCUCUCGUACAGUUACAAUGAAUUUCAACGGGCGGCUUCUAAUAACAUUCUCAAUGAUGGUCAGCAACAUUCAGAUAAUUUCAACAAAAAUACGACUGAAGAAAUCACUAACAAAGGCAAUAACGAGAACCAUGAUGAUGAUGAUGAUGAUGAUGAUGAUGAUGAGGAUGAUGAUGGUGAUCAGUUUGCAGACAUGGACGAUGGCUAUGAUGAGGAUGAUAAUAAUGAUGUUUAUACAAAUGACAUAAUUAAUAAUAAAACUGCUGCUAAAAACGCUCCGAUAAUAUUUGAAAAACUUUCCAUCAAACAUCAUGAGGAGGACGACGAUAACAAAAUGAUGCGAGACAACAACAUCGACAACACAGACAACAACAACAACACCAACAACAAUGCCACCAACCUCAAAAGCAACAACGACAACAACCAGACGAGCCAGCAGCACAAUCCCAGAGCAGACUUGCAACAGAAACAACAACAACAACAGCAGCAGCAACACCUUGCAACGAACAACAACUACAACCAUUAUCAUUACGAUGAUGAUGAGGAAGAAGAUGAUGGGGAAGAUACCCUGAGGAAAGUAGCGCACGGACUACACUACGCCAGCAUUGGCUUGCUUGGAUUUCUUGUAAUUGAGGUGACAAACACUUUCACAAUGUCUUUCUUUGCCACUACAAAUCAAUAA